AUGAUCAUCGCGCAGAACCCUGAAAUCCAGGCAGACCCUGCCAAGCGACCGAGAGUGACUCGAGUAUCUGUAGUCAUUCAUACGCCCAAGCGGACCGGCCAGCCUUGUCCUUGGAGCUUGUGGUUACAAAGCGAACAUAUCUCGUUUGUCUUUGAGCUCAUCCAAGAAACCCAACAUCCCAUCAUCCUUCCACCCGAAACUAUGAAGCAGUCCCGAGAGGUGAUCGACUGCGGAGGAUUCCCCGAUAGGGACUUCGAACUUGGCAUAGAACUUAUCGCGAGUCGCCCCAGAGAUGCAAAUGUGGGUUCGGAUACCCAAGAAUGGGUUCUUGGAUGCUUGGCUCAGCUGACGAGUAGGUGUUCGAUGGAGCUCCUCUCAGGUGUAGAUACAAUCCUGGGGACGAAGCGCACGGAGCGACCCCUCGGACAUGAGCCAUGA